CUUCGGCGUGGGGAAGGGGUGGCAGCAGGGGAUGAUUCCCUCAUGCAAAAGUCGGCAACUCCUAGCCACCUGGGCCUCCACAGGAUUGAGAAGAAGGAAAAUCCUUUGCUGGGGGCUGGCCUGAGUCACUGGCUGCCAUGCAGCAGCACCUGAAUUACUCGUACCCCCAAAUCUACUGGGUGGACAGCAGUGCCAGCUCUCCCUGGGCCUCUCCAGGGUCAGUACUCCCCUGCCCAUCCUCUGUGCCAGGAAGGCCAGGGCAAAGGAGACCACCACCACCGCCCCCAACAACACUACCACCACCGCCACCACCACGGCCACCACUGCCUCCACUACCACGGCCACCUCCGAAGAAGAGGAGGGACCACAACACGGGCCUGUGUCUCCUCGUGAUGUUUUUCAUGGUUCUAGUGGCCCUGGUUGGACUGGGGCUGGGGAUGUUUCAGCUCUUCCACCUACAGAAGGAGCUGGCCGAACUCCGAGAGUCUACCAGCCAAAGGCAUAUACCAUCAUCUUUGGAGAAGCAAAUAGGUCACCCCAAUCCACCCUCUGAAAAAAAGGAGCUGAGGAAAAUGGCCCAUUUAACAGGCAAGCCAAACUCAAGAUCCAUCCCUCUGGAAUGGGAAGACACCUAUGGAAUUGCCCUGGUCUCUGGGGUGAAGUAUAAGAAGGGCAGCCUUGUGAUCAAUGACACUGGGCUGUACUUUGUGUAUUCCAAAAUAUACUUCCGGGGUCAGUCCUGCAACAACCAGCCCCUGAACCACAAGGUCUAUAUGAGGAACUCUAAGUAUCACCAGGACCUGGUGCUGAUGGAGGAGAAGAUGAUGAACUACUGCACUACUGGCCAGAUGUGGGCCCGCAGCAGCUACCUGGGGGCGAUAUUCAAUCUCACCAGUGCUGACCACCUAUAUGUCAACGUAUCUGAGCCCUCUCUGGUCAAUUUUGAGGAAUCUAAGACAUUUUUUGGCUUAUAUAAGCUCUAAGAAAAGCACUUUAGGAUUCUCUCCAUUACAGUCCCUUGUUAUAAGCACUGAGAAUGUUGUCUUGAAUGAGGGUCUUCUUAAGCCCACUUGAGGUCAAGUGAGAAGACAUGAACCAAGCGGACCUCGAGACCACAGGGUUCAGCAGGUCUACAAUUCCUCAUCUCAUGCAAGGUCCGUGAGCCAGACAGGAAGAGGAAUAUGACUGAAGAACAGAAAACUCUGGGCUGCCAUGUGAAGGGAAAAGCAGCUACCAGGGUGUUCUACACUCACCUUAAGUAGCCGAGAGCAUUUUGGCACAUUGAAAAGGACAUUUAUUAACUCACCUUUUGGGGUGGGUCUAACUGUCUACCUCAGGGGAGCCUGUCUUUUAGACAUAUGGAUGUGACAUGAGUGUAUAAGGAAUGGAAAAAGAGAACUAGGCUUGCACAAUAAGCUAAAGAGACUGAAAGGCCAGUGUCCCAUUGGCAGCAUCUUUACUUCUAAAUGCAUAGCCUGAGCCACCAGGUGAUGCUAACAGAGAAGCAAGGGGGUCUUUUGGGGACUCAGUCCAUUCUCUACACAGCAUGUAUAUUUCCAGUGCAAUUGUAAGGGUGAGUGUGUGUGUGAGUGUGUGUGUGAGAGAGAGAAUGAGAGUGAGAGAGAGAGAGAGAGAGAGAGAGAGAGAGACAGAGAGAGAGA